AUGAACGUGAAGAAAAACUGAACAAAUUGUUCAUUCGCUGCGUGUGGAGAGUGUGUGUGGUGGUUCUCGUCGAAUCGCGCUGCUGGUUGGUGGUGUCCAUUUCGCAUUUAGCUCUGUGCUGUAUUUUACGGUUCCAUUUUACUCUGGGAAAGAAACUCCGCUCAACUUGAAGUUUUUCUUUGUUUCCGCCCAGUGUUACAGUGGAGCUUAACCGCGACUUGUGGAAUCGUGUGAACUGGUGGGGGUUCAAAAAGUUACGCAUAGACCAUCGGGAACGAUGUGGGAAAAUUGCGUCCGUCAAACGUCGCGUUUCGUAGGAAAUUCAAUACAAUCCACGAUUUUAUAGUGCAAAGUUUGUGCUGGGCGGAACGUCAAUCUAUCUGAUUGCAUGAUUAGAAGCCAAUUCGAUAAUUUUGUGCACGGUUCGAUUGAGUCAGCUUGUAAGUGGAAUGUCAAGGCGAACGCUGCGGUAGGAAAAAAAAUCUGACUGGGAGUAUUCGAGCUUUGCUUGUUUGAGAAGACUAGCAAUUUGCGGAUUCAGUGAAACCAGCUGCUGUAGAUGCUGCUUUGUCAUUUACCAAGGCUUUGUUGUGCUCAUUCCGUGCUGCCCAAAUCGCCACCACGCCAAGGGCAGUCGUUUCAAAAUCAAGGCUCCCGAAGAAGCUGUUGAGUUUGGUGGUAGAAGGCCUUGCCUCCCCGUAUGAGGAAUUACAUAAGUGUGUGGCAUUGUUAUUACACAGCGAGCGAACGCGAAUGAAGAAGAAAGAAAGGAGUUUGCCGUGGAUGAAAACAAUGUCAGAAAGGGAAAACAGAAACGAAAACGAGUGAAGAAGAUAGGGCUGCUGAGAGCUCUGAGCAUGUAAGUUACAUCCGCAUUUGGCUGGGAAUAAACAGAAGUAACAACAAAGCAAGCAGAGGGCAAGGGGCGAAGUGGGCGAUCGUAGAGACAUACACACGCACACAGACAAAGUGUCAUUGUAGAUUUGAUCCACCCCACCACCGGGCAGAAGACCAGAGGCUCAAAACGUCGGACCGCAGCGCAGAAAUCGAGGGUGGAGGCGAAGCCAGUGGCAUCGAGGGGAAAACUGAGAACGGGCUUCGCAGGCAGGUGACACCGUCGAAGGUUGGUCACAAACGUCCGAGUAUGGCAUCCAGCUGUUGUGGUACAAAAAAGCAAAAGCUCAACGGGAGCUACUCAAACACCAAUGGGCAUUGCUCGGGUGAGGGCAGCAGUGGCAGCAAUCGGGGUACCGGGAAUGGCGCGGUACUGAACGGUCACAACGGCUAUCUCACCAACGGGCAUUUGAACGGCGAAAGCCACACGAUGGCCGGUUCGAUGCCGGAGAUGUGCUUCUACUGCUUCGAGGUGCUGUACCGUGAGUUGCACAAUCUGGAGGAACCGCGUACACCGACCUUCACCAACGAUCCCUACCCGCUGUUCGUGACUUGGAAAAUCGGGAAGGACAGGCGUUUACGCGGAUGUAUCGGUACAUUCAGUGCAAUGCGUUUACACUCAGGUCUUCGAGAAUAUGCAAUAACAAGUGCUUUAAAGGAUUCACGAUUCUCGCCUAUAACGCGUGACGAGAUCCAAAGACUGACCGUUUCGGUGUCAAUCCUCCAGGGCUUCGAGGAAGCUCGGGGGUAUCUCGAUUGGACCCUGGGCGUGCACGGGAUUCGGAUAGAAUUUUACAACGAACGUGGUUCGAAGAGAACCGCUACAUAUUUGCCUCAGGUGGCGACAGAGCAAGGAUGGGACCAAACGCAAACCAUCGACUCGUUGCUUCGUAAGGGUGGCUACAGAGCGGUAAUCACGCCCGAGAUUCGUCGCUCGAUCAAGUUGACCCGCUACACGUCGCAGGAGUGUCACAUGAACUACAGCGAAUAUCGCGAGCUCCUGGAAAGACAAUCGCUGUACAACCAGUCUGGCAAAGUGCAAUGCUAACAACACGUCUUUUAUCUGCCUCCGCCACGACCUCCGCCGCCUCUGCAGCCAAGCCAGCAACAGCAGACCCUAGCCGCCGCUCAUCCACAGCAACAGCAACAUCAACAACAGCUACAUCACUACCAGCAGCAGCAGCAGUUGCAAAAUCUGCAACAGUCGCCCAUUUGUCAUCUGGCAUGGAACGGCAGCGGCCACGCACAACCGGACCAUGCUGUUGGUGGAUCGUUCUCCUCUUCCUCAUCUCUGUCCUCGUCCUCGUCCUCUUCGCCGUCGUACUCACCGCCGGGGAUGAUUCCUUCCCGUCCUUUUCAACAGCAUCCUACGACAGCGCUAUCCAGCCAACACCACCCACACACCCACCAUCAACUUCAACAACAACAGCAGCAGCCGCAGCAGCAGCAGCAGCAACAACAACAACAUUCGCAAUAUAUUCAAUUCCAUCCUCAGCAACAACGGCCGGCGAUUCUGCAACCAUUCCUUCCUCCUCCAAAUUCAAACCGUUUCCGAUACUUUCACUAAAUCCCCAUCAUCACCGUAGCGACAAGCGGUGUGAUCCAGGCAGAUAAAAUAAUCAUUCGAUAUACCAAUUCUUAUAUAUAUACAUAUACGAGAUAGAAGUUCAAUUUUCGCCAAGCGCGUUAGGCGAAGAUCUAGCAAUACAAAACAAACAGACAGUGGCUCGUAAGAACGACGCAACCCUCAUCAGCCAGCAGGGGCGCGGACGGAUGCACACAGUCGAAAAAAAUGUAGUGGUACAAAAAUAACGCCACAGAUUAACAUUAAAAACAAAACAAAACAAAAAACGUGCGGUAACUAAAUGUUCAUUAAUAUAAAUUACUAACUAUAGUACUAAUAAUAACAAUAAUAAUAUAUCGCGAAAAAAAGGGGUAAAAUUAUUUUAAAAGCUAAAUCAAACCUUUUUGAAUCAAGUUUGAGAGGGAAUUCAAUUUCGAAACAAAAGAAAACAACAGGUAGUCUAGAGCAUCUAGUACUCCUUGGAUGAAAAAAGAAAAAUGAUAACAAAAAUAAAAACAAUACAUUAUUUAAACUUUAACAGCAGAAAAAGAUAGGUCGGUUUGAAUAUUCGUGAAUAAUAACAAAGAUUAAGCAUUGAAAUUACGUGAUAAGGUAUACAUUGUUGAACUACUAAAUUUAUGAACAUCGUGUUUUUCAUCACCACCACCGUCGUGUUUUUCCGUGAUGAGGAUUUGCUCUAUUUUCUGAAUAUACAUAAUUUUCGUCGUGUAGAAUUCUCUGGAAUCAUCAGGUGGACGAUUCCGAAUUGUAUCGGACAACGCAAACGGGGAACGGAUUGAUCGAUUCCCUGGCAGGAUAAACACACUAAUGUUGUACUUAAUCAUCAACAACAAAAACAAUAAAAAAUAGUUUUCCCGUUUCUCUCUCUAAAUUCAUCUAUCCUGCGCGCUUUAGAAUUACGUGUCAAAAGUAGCAACUUCAUCACGAAUUAGAUUUUUAUACAGGAAACAGGCAGCAUUGUGCAUUUUUCUGUGACGUAUUGUAAUUAGUGAAUUCAUCGAUUGGUCGUGUCGUGUCGAUUAAGUAUAAUAACAACAACAACAAUAAAACAAUCUCAUAAUAUUUAGUUGCACACCCGAGGUUGACUGAAAACAAAACAUGCUUUAAAACGAUUAAACACGAAUAAUAAUAAUUGUAACAGAAAAAAGAGAAAGAGAGUAAUAAUUUUCAAACAGUAGGAACAAAAAAAAAGAAGCCGAAUAGAUUUUAAAAACCACACCAGACAAAUUUAUAGGACGUGAGAAUUUACGCGAACAAUUAGAAUUUUACCACAAAAGGGUAGCUCACCGCGCGCCGGGUGAAUGCGGUCAAAGGCCAGUCGCUUUAACAAUACACAGUUCUGUUUCUUCCGUUUUCAUUGGUUCACUUUCGAGUUCCGUCACUUGGAUCAUUCUUCGAUUUUUCGUGACUUGGUUUCACCAUUCAAUCCGGCUUGAGAUAGUGUUACUCGUGUUUACUACAAAAUAAAUGCUAGUUUACUUUUUAAUUAAACGUAAUUUAAAGGAUUUUAUUGAGUUCGAACGCGCUAGUUUUUUUUUAAUUUUUGACUGCGAUUUAGAUACAAAUUUGAAGUUAAUUCGUCGGAUUACUCUGGAUUCGUCAUCGAUUUGUAGGUUGAUUUACUGUACUACAAAGGGUAACGUUAAUUAAAUGUUUUCAUAUCAGAGAGCGAAAAUAUAUAUUUACCUUAGAAACAUAAAAUAAUGUUCAAUGAAAA